CUGUCUCACACAACAGACAUAAAUACGGUAGAUGUGCGGAGGUCUGUAUCACAAACCUGCAGACUGUUCUAUCGUGAGGAUCGACUCAGGACAUUCAUACAAGAUGAAGAAGUUCAUCAUUUUCUUCGCCCUGGUGGCCUGUGCCCGUGCUGACUUCUGGAGUGACCUGUGGGACGGCGUGCAGACCACUCUGCUCGAUCCCAUCAUCGACACAGCCCAGCAAACCGCACAAACCCUCAUCGACACCUACGUUCCCGUGCUCGGCCAGGCCGCCCAGCAGUUAGUGGGAGAAGCGAUACAGGGCGCGGGCGAGUCGCUGACCGACCUGGUCAGCGGGAAGAAGCGCCAGGUCGAGCUGCAGACCGAGAUCGGGCAGAUCUUCCACGAUGGCAUCAUGGGGCUCUUCGAGGGCGCCGCCCAGACCAUCCAGUCCCUUCAGAACACCCUCACCCAGACCAUGCAGGGCCUGUUCAGCUCCGACCCUGUUCCCGCUACCAGAGUCGGCGUGGCCUCCAUCAACAAGAAGAGCAAGGUCAUGAUGAAGAAGCGCGCUCAGAUGAUGAAGGUGCAGCUGUCCAAGUCUCUCAGCAAGAUGGCUAGGGCUCGCGGGUUCUUUGACGACCUUACCGCCGCCGCCGGUCAGCUGUUCGCGCCCGUUGUGGACGCCGCCACCCAGUCCUUCAACCAGCUUGUUGACGCCGCCACCGCUGUGGGAGCUCAGCUCGUGGACCACGCCACCAACUUCGUCAACAACGUCAGCACCACUUUCCAGGAGACCGUCGACCAGCUGAGUGGAGUUGCCCAGCCCUACAUCGAUGACGCCAACACCAUCAUCGACUCCGUUACCAACACGUUCCAGGAGAACUUCGGUGCCGAGACCACGGCCUAAGUCUUGGAAUAACACAUACAGGGGCAUCAUGGCUGGGAAAGUCUGGCCCUCUUAACAUCGUUUUGUCAAGUACGCACAAUAAAAUAUUUGCCAGAAUGUUAAA